UGCCCGAGGGCUUAACGGACCAGGCGUGGCAACUGCUGGCGGUGUUUCUGACGACUAUAACGGGGCUAAUUCUCGGACCGCUUCCCGUGGGGGCGUGGGCCUUCGUUUGCCUCUCCUUCGCUAUAAUCACAGGCACUCUCUCUUUCUCUGACGCCAUUAGCGCUAUGACGAACGAGGUCAUCUGGCUCAUCGUCAUUUCGUUCUUCUUCGCGCGCGGAUUCGUUACCACGGGGCUGGGCGACCGCAUUGCCACGCUCUUCGUCCAGUGGUUCGGCAGCAGCACCUUGGGGCUCAGCUACGGCCUUGCAGCAAGCGAAGCCCUGUUGGCCCCAGCCAUGCCCAGCACCACGGCGCGGGCCGGAGGCGUCUUCCUCCCCAUCAUCGACUCUCUCUCAAAGCGCUUUGACAGCCGCCCCAACGACCCCAGCAGCAAGAAGCUCGGCGCGUUUCUCAUCAUGACUCAACUCCAGACCUCAGCCCACAGCAGCGCCAUGUUCCUCACUGGAGCCGGGCAGAACCUGCUCUGUAUGAAACUAGCGCAGGAAAUGGGUGUGGCGAUCCCAAACGCCUUUGCCACGUGGAUGGGGAUGGCAGUGGUGCCGGGGAUGCUGGGCCUGCUGGUCACCCCCAUGCUCAUGUUCAAGGUGUUUGCUCCCGAGGUGAAGGAGACGCCAGAGGCGCCGGGGCUUGCUAAGAAGCGGCUUGAGGAGAUGGGGGCGGUGAGCGGGAAGGAGAUGAUCAUGAUUGGCACCAUGGGACUCGCGAUUACCAUGUGGAUCAUGGGUGAAUCGCUGGGCAUUCCCAGUGUGGUAACUGCCAUGUCAGCGCUCUCCCUCCUCCUCUCAGGCGUCGUCUCGUGGUCCGAUUGCCUCUCCGAGCGAUCCGCAUGGGACACCCUCAUGUGGUUCGCUGCUCUCAUCGCCAUGUCCGCCCAGCUCACCCACAUGGGGGUCGUUGGCUGGAUGGCCGAUGGGGUUGCAGGCGGGCUCGGGAUGGUCCCGGGGGGGAUUUUGGCAGGGGAUAUGGCCACGGGGGGGAUGCUGGGGGAGGAGAUGGGGGGAAUGGCGGGGAUGCUGGGGGGAGAUUUGGGGGAGAUGGUUGGGGCGGGGGUGGCGGCAGUGGGAGCGGGAGCGGGGGGAGCGGUAGCAGCAGUGGGAGCAGCGGCAGGAGCAGUGGCAGCAGCGGGAGGGGCGGCGUUAGAGCCAAUGACUAGUGCCGUAACCGCUACUGCCAUCACCACUACUGCUGCCGCCCUACCACCCCUAGACUCCCCAGCAGAGCUAACUUGGGUCUCCAGUUUCUUCCAGCUGCAAGUCCUAUACUUCCUCGCGCAUUACCUUUUUGCCAGCCAGACAGCCCAUGUGGGGGCGCUCUAUGCGGCUUUCCUUGCCAUGCAGCUAGCGGCUGGUGUUCCCGGGGAGGCGCCGGGCAGGCGCCGUGCCGCCGCUGACAUGGCAUCUGCGGGGUUUCUCUCCCGCAGAUGGCGCGGCCUUACCCAGCAAGGUUCCGCCAGCGCGGUUUCGUCCGCCAGCGACGCGGGGACCGCCGGAAGCACGUCCUUGCGCCGCCACGACUCGGGUUCGAGUCCUGACACCGACACUUCUUUCAGCUCACCUAUAACGCACAUGGGUUCGGGCCCUUUAACGGGGACAGUGGGAGGGAGGCGGCGCGGGGAGGUUGCGGGGAGGGGGACGCUGGGCGCAGCUGGGGCUACGAGCGAAUCUAGAAGCGAAUCUAGGAGGAGCGAAUCUGUAGCAAGAUUCGCUUAUGAUGACGAUAGUCUCUCUCCCGCGAGGCGGCGUCCCCCAGGAUUAGGGCGGCGCGCACUGUCGUUUGGCAUGUCGCCGUGGCGCUUUGACUAUAACGAUGCCGUUACUAACGCGGCUUCUGGCGAAACCGCCCCUGUGAGAGGAUCUAGCAGCGUACGGCAGAGGAGGCGGGGAUUUUCGCGCAGAGGAAGGGCGGGGGAACGGGCGAGUGGAGGCGCGGAUUCGUCCCCCUUGACGCCCGCGGGCGCGCGGACGCGGGGGGCUGCGCGCCUGUGGGCCGGGCGGAACAGCAGCGCGUCCGCAGGUGGAGAGUCCCCCAGGGGAGCCGGGGGGACCGCCGCCGUGGCUGCUGCUGCGGCGGCUGCGGCUGCCGCGGCGGCUGCGCUAGCAGCAGCUGAAGAGGCGUCAGGAGGAGGAUUUGUGGACGUUCCCCUUGACGGAUUCCAUCAGAUGUCUGUCAGAGGCACAACUCGUGGCUCUCCAGCAUCCCCACCGCAUCUCACCGCAUCAGACCGCAGAUCAUCUUCCAGAGUGCGCAGUUCUCCUGUGCUUCAAUCCGCCAAUAUCCUUCAUCCCACCAACUCCCCUCUGCACCAAGCCAUGUCCAAUCGGACCUCCCCCUCCUCCUCCCCUUCACCCAACUCCCCCCGCCUCCACCCCUCCUCUCAACCGCACCUAACCUACUCCAACUCCUUGCCGUUCCGGACGCUUCAGAAUCUCCCUGUGCUGCCCCCUCUGCCGGAUCAGGACGAUGGGGAUGACGGCCCACCGCCCGUUGUUGCCACCCGCCCGGCCACGGCUCACUCCAGUCCAAGCCCUGCCGCCCCGGCCCGCGCUGCAGUCGCUGCUACGGUGACUGAUUCGCCGCUGGUGCUGUUUCGAGAUAGGGAGAGGAGCCGGGAGAGGGAGGGAGGAGGGGAGAGGGAGAGGGAGAGGGAGAGGGAGAGGGAGAGGGAGAGGGAGAGGGAGAGGGAGAGGGAGAGGGAGAGGGAGAGGGAGAGGGAGAGGGAUGGGGAGAGGGAGAUGGGUGGAGAACGGGAGAGGGAGUGGGAAAGGGACAGAGAGAGGGAGCGGGAGAGGGAGCGGGAGAGGGAGCGGGAGAGGGAAAGAGGUGGGGGUUUAUCGUCGGCUCGUCUCCCAAGGUGGUUGCGGUCGCGCCGUGCCAGAAGGAAUGGUGAGGCCCUUUUGCUAACCCACUCCACUCUGCCGCCUCUUCUCUCAUGCUCCCCACCGCUUCCCUACACUUGUCUCCUCUCCCCUCCACUCCUCUCCCCUCCACUCCUCUCCCCCUCCCUUUCUCCUUCUUUUUAUCCUCCCCUCCCCUCUCCUCCCCUCGCUUUCCCCCCGUGUUUCCUCUCCCCUCCCGUCCCCUCCCCUUUCCCCCCUUGUUUCCCCUCCCCUUUUUUCUCCCCUUUCCCAUCCCCUUUCUCUCCACUUUCCCAUCCCCUUUCUCUCCACUUUCCCAUCCCCUUUCUCUCCACUUUCCCAUCCCCUUUCUCUCCACUAUCCCAUCCCCUUUCUCUCCACUAUCCCAUCCCCUUUCUCUCCACUAUCCCAUCCCCUUUCUCUCCACUAUCCCAUCCCCUUUCUCUCCACUUUCCCAUCCCCUUUCUCUCCACUAUCCCAUCCCCUUUCUCUCCACUAUCCCAUCCCCUUUCUCUCCACUAUCCCAUCCCCUUUCGCUCCACUAUCCCAUCCCCUUUCCCCUCCCCUUUCCCAUCCCCUUUCUCUCCACUAUCCCAUCCCCUUUCUCUCCACCAUCCCAUCCCCUUUCUCUCCACUUUCCCAUCCCCUUUCUCUCCGCUAUCCCAUCCCCUUUCUCUCCACUAUCCCAUCCCCUUUCUCUCCACUUUCCCAUCCCCUUUCUCUCCACUAUCCCAUCCCCUUUCUCUCCACUUUCCCAUCCCCUUUCUCUCCACUAUCCCAUCCCCUUUCUCUCCACUAUCCCAUCCCCAUCCCUUCCCAGCCCCCUCGUCAGAAGCACCAGACGAUUUCUGGUGGCAGGGGGAGAUGACCCCUUCGUCUGAAGCACCGGAUGAUUUCUGGUGGCAGGGGGAGAUGAGUGAGGAGGACUCGGGGGUGAUCGAGGCAGCCAUGCAGGCCAUUCUCAUGGACGGACUGGCCGGCGCGCUGCAAGGAGGGGGAGGGGGAGCGCUGGGAGGGGGGCUGGGAGGGGGGCUGCAUGGAGCGGGAGGGAGGAGGUUGAUGGUGCCGCAGAUGUUGUUGUUUGAGGAUGAGGAGGCGUGGACGUAUGAGCAGCUGCUGGAGCUGGAUCGGAAUAACGUCAGGCGAGGGCUGAAGCAGCAGGAGAUGUGGAAGCUAGAUCGGCGCAAGAUGGCGCAUGGGGAUGAGAGGGUGGAUUGCCAGAUAUGCCUGUCCGAGGCCGUGGCAGGGGAGCUCCUCACCUCGCUGCCUUGCAAGCACACGUACCACGACGCCUGCAUCUCCCCAUGGUUCAAGACCCACCGCACGUGCCCGAUUUGUCGGUAUGAGAUUGCGGACUAA